AUGAAGAGUGUCUUUUGCAAUCUAGCGGUGGUGCUGUCCGCAUUUACAGCUACAUCCUUCGGCCAGGAUUACCUCGUUCAUAUGAUCGAGGGUGGCGCAGGCGUGGAAUCCUGGAAACCGCAGCCUGGAGAUAAUCGAGAACGGAGUCCAGAUAUUGCGAAACUGCUACUUGAACGGCGGUUGGGAUGGCCUGAAUCAUCUUCAACUAUUGGAGAAGCGGAUGAAGAGACUAUUCGGGAAUUGAAUCUUUUCGGGGGCCAGCAGGCAUUGCCUUUUGCGGAUUCAGACAAGGAGAAGGCACAGAAGCUGUUGUUGAUCCUAGAGGGUGUAGACUCAGAAGACAUCAAAUCACUGGAGACAAAAACACCGCACGAUUUUGCUAUUUCAAAUCCAUCAGCAUUCUACCUAGACGAUUCGAUAUUAUCUUCAUUCGUUUCAGAAAAGUCACAGGGUUGCCAUGAUCCCAAUACCUGUCUAUAUGGUGAAGAAGAGGCUUCAUGCACUGGGUUUGUAGCUUUGAGAAGUCGGAGCUCCGGUGCUUGCCCUCAGGAUGCUCAACUUUUCUCUGAGAUGCCAGACUGUACAUCAGGAUCAGCCAAGAUUCAGAAACUCAUCGAGCAGGUUACUGCCGGCUCUUCUACAUAUAAACAUACUUCCUUUGUCCUUCGCCUUAGAGCGACUGAAACUCCCAUUUUACGGGACGGGGAAUUAGUCUCCCUCUUCAAAGCCCUUACUGCCCUUAGCUCUGAGCUCAAUGUGGAAACUACUGUCAUAACAGUCCCAUACGACAUCUACACCAAGAACCGCAAACAGGCACGCCCCCCUGCCGACAAGGCCAAGCUGAAACUUCACCAAAGCCUUUCAGCUGCUAAGAAGGUUGUCCGUGCUGAUGCCACUGCCACCUCCACCUCCACGGCCAGACCAUCUGCGACCGCCAAUCCUACUCCCCCAUUCCAUCUGCCCGUAUGCUAUGCAAAGAAUGAAACCUGCACCGAGCGAACUAACAACUGCUCGGGCCAUGGCUCAUGCUACCUGAAACGCACUUCGUCGAAGAAUUCCACAUCCAGUACCCAAAAUGACUGCUAUGCAUGCAAGUGCCGCCGCACUGUUGUUUCCACCAACAAAGAUGGAAAGACAAAGACUGUCCAGUGGGGCGGUCCUGACUGCUCCAAGCGGGAUGUCAGCAUGCAAUUCUGGCUUAUUGGUGGCUUGAGUGUGGUGCUUGUUUUGGGAGUCGCCUAUGGUGUUGGAAUGCUGUUUAGCAUUGGGGAAGAGGAGUUGCCCGGCGUGCUGAGCGCAGGUGUUGCACCCCCCAAGCAGAAGUGA